AUGCCUGAGAUAAUCCUCUCGAUCAACGCAGGAUCCUCCAGCGUCAAGAUAUCCGUCUACAAGACUCCAGAAGAUGGCUCCUCGGUACCGAAACAACUCGCUGAAGCUACCGUCGAAGGACUUACCGCGCCGCCCUCGAAGCUAAAGUACGAGCGCGGAGAUGAGAAGAUUAAUGGUCAAGAACUGGAGCAUGUCACUUCACAAGAAGACGGAUUCCGCUACAUAUUGGACCACCUGACCAACGACCAAGGUCUUCCCGAGCUCAACCGAAAAGAAGACAUACAUUUCACAUGCCAUCGCGUAGUGCAUGGCGGAGACUACCCCAGAAGCCAGGUCAUUGACAAAGAAACAUACCACCACAUUGAACAACUCUCGGAUCUAGCACCUCUUCAUAAUGCACCCGCUCUCACCAUCGUCCGAGCCGUGGCAGACAUCCUCCCUCACGCGAAAAACAUUGCCUACUUUGACUCAUCCUUCCACAAUACGCUCCCAGACUACAUAUGCACCUACCCAAUCGACCAAACCGUUGCCCACAAGAACAAGCUGCGCAAGUACGGGUUUCAUGGCAUAAGCUACUCCUUCAUCGCGAAGGCGGUAGCAACACACUUGAGCAAGCCGCUCGAACAAACCAACAUCAUCGCCCUGCAUCUCGGAUCCGGCGCUUCGGCAUGCUGCAUCAAAGGUGGAAAGUCGCUCGACACGACAAUGGGUCUGACGCCCCUAGCUGGCUUACCAGGUGCUACGCGCUCGGGCUCCAUUGACCCUUCUCUCAUGUUCCACUACACGCAUAGCGCUGGCAAACCGUCGCACAGUUCUAGCGAAAAACUGCACAUUACGCAAGCCGAAGAGAUUCUGAACAAAAAGAGCGGAUGGAAGAGUUUGACUGGUACUACGGAUUUCGGGAAGAUUAGUUCUUCAGAGAGAAAAGAGGACAAGCUUGCGUUUGACAUCUUUGUUGAUCGCAUUUUGAAUUAUGUCGCACCGUACUUUGCCAAAUUGGAUGGUGAGGUUGAUGCGCUUGUCUUUGCCGGGGGUAUUGGUGAGAAGGGAGGGAAGUUGAGGCAGGCCGUAGUGAAUGGAGUCAGGUGCCUAGGUUUCGCUCUCGAUGAGGAGAAGAAUGCGGAGCAGGUCGAGCAUGUGGUUACAGAUAUCAGUGUUCGCGAUGCAAAGUACAAGACAUUAGUCGUGCAAACAGAUGAGCAGUUGGAGAUGGCGAGAGGAGUUUUGGGUGAUAAGGACAAGCAUGGAAAGGAUUAG